AUGGCUUUGAACCAUGCCGCGCAGCUCAAGCAGUACGCGCAGCGCCUUCCUCGCUUCAGCAGGCAGGACCUCAAGCCCUACGCGGCCGAAUUCCUGGGCACCGCUCUCCUCAUCGUCAUCGGCGAGGGUGUUAUCGCGCAGGUCCUCCUCUCCGACUACCAGAACGGCUCCUGGCUGUCUAUCAACCUCGCCUGGGCCGCCGGUGUCAUGUUGACUGGGUUCCUUUCCUCACCCUCGCCAACCGUCAACCCCGCCCUCACGCUCACGCUCGCUCUCGUCCGUCCCUCAUCCCAGCAGCGCCGCCAGCUCUUCGGCAAACUCCUUGCGCAGUUCCUUGGCGCGUUUGUUGGCGCUGCCAUUAUUUACUUCACCUACCGCUCCGCGAUUCUCGCAUGGGAUCCUGAGUACACGAUCCCUUGGGGCUCGAUUCUCAGCCCCAAAGGGCAUCACAGCGCCGGCAUCUUCGCGACGUACCCUUCGUCGCUGCUGAAGUCGAACUGGGAGGCUGUGCUACAGGAGGGCUUGGCCAGUGCAGUGCUCAUGUUCUGCGUGCUCAGCAUCGGUGACUCGGCAAACGCUGGUUUCGGCGCGCCGCAGGUGUCCGUGUUUGUGCUUAUGGUGGGCAUCGGCUCUGCUUUGGGAUGGCAGACUGGUUACGCCAUCAACCCUGCCCGCGACUUUGGUCCCCGUCUCUUCUCCGCGAUCAUGUACGGCCGCGAAGUCUUCACCGCUGCUGGCUGCUACUUCCUGGUUCCUCUGUUCGCGCCGGUGCUGGGAUGCCUGGUCGGCGCGUCUGUUUAUGACGCUUUCCUGUUCGAGGGCGAGGGCUCCGUCGUCACUGACGCGGUCGAGAAGGUGGUGUCGGAGAGGGACGGUGCGCUGAGAUUGGACGACUAG